UAUUACGAACUCGCCGGUAACACUUGAGAGUGGAAACAGAACGAGGAGCGAGCGAGCGAGCGAGCGGCGGAGAUCUGUUAUCAAACCCGGCGGGAGGAUUGUUUAAGGAUGAUCGGGCGUCGUGCUGGAACGAAUCGAGCGGGUAUGAGGAGGGACGACUCCAUUCUGACUCGGUUCGUUGACUCAGUGUUUUCUCUAUUCCGAUUAGCUGAGUUCGAGAUCCUGUUUGUGCUAUUCUUCGUCAUAGCCUACGUCAUCUUCAAGGAUCUGACGGCGAGACCCGAGUACAAUCGGAUUCUUGUUGAGAAACCCGGUGGAUGGCCGUUCUAGUUGGAUACAACUCAUACAUGUUUGUUUAGUGCGUAUAUGCUUGUACAACGGCAAUGAACUGCUUAGCGUUCUUCUCUCGUAGUAAAUGUUGUUUGUCACUUUGUUCAAUCGCUCAAUGUAAUUCUCCUUCCUUAGUUUUAAUGCUUUGGUUUCGUUAA